AUGAGAGUCCAGUUCAGCCAAUGCUGCAUCUGGAUCCAGCAUCAGCAAGGAGAGGACUUCUCAAUCAGUGACACUAGAGACUUCCAGACUUCCCAUCACAAAAACACCAAAGAGGAUUUGGAAGUUCAGCAGAAAAGGGCAGUAGAACCAGGAUAUGGGAGCCUAGCCACUGCACCUGGCCCCAGUGCAAGAAUCAGCCCUGGCACAGAUCCCAGCAUUAGCAAGGUAGGCCCUCUGACUUUUCCAGCUGUGCAAGAAGCCCAGGGAUACCAGAGAGGAUUUGGAAGAACACCUCUUCACCUGGCCUGUGCUAAAGGAUAUCCAGAUAUUGUAUCUCUUUUAGUAGAGAGAAAAUGCAAAGUAGACCUGCAGGACAAAGACAGUCUAACACCUUUAAUCAAGGCAGUACUGUGUCAUCAAGAGGAAUGUGCAAUAAUCUUGCUCAAACAUGGUGCAAAUCCUAAUCUUGGGGACCACAACAACAACACUGCACUUCACUACGCUGCCUUUGAUCAGAACGUAGCCAUGGUAGAAAAACUACUUACAUAUAAAGCUGAUAUUGAAGCAAAAAACAAGGAAGGCUUUACACCAUUUAUGUUUGCAGUUAUGAAAAGGAGCUAUGAACUGGUAGAACUUCUCUUAAAGAUGGGAGCAAAUGUGAAUGCCACGGAUAACACUAAAAGAACAUCCCUUAUGAUUGCUAUCAGUAUGGAAUCAAUGGGCAUAGUCAAUCUUCUUUUUCAAAAUAAUGUUGAUCCCACAUGUGAAGAUGAAGAUGGAUGGACAGCUGAGAAGUAUGCUAAGCAUUUUCGUUAUCCUCUGGGAGGCAGGAAGGGAGAGGGAGGAAGAAAAGAUCUCCCUGAUGAAAUGACUGAGAUCACACCCCAUCCCCCUCAGAUCAGCUCAGUGUGGGCUGCCUUCAGUACUCUCACUGUCUAAGUGCUGCCACUGCCUACCUUCAAUCUGCACCUGAUCUAACUGUCCCCACCUGCAAGCAAAAACAGACCUUUUCUGGUGAAUUUCAAGGAUAUCUUCUGUUGGUAAUUAUUUGUGGGUUUUUUUCAGUCAAGCACUAAUUCCAAGGCCUUGUUAUGAAAUAAAAUAUUCUGAGAGCAAAGACAGAGAUCUUCGCCAAGAGCUGUCCAAUUCUCAUUUUAACAUUGUAACAACUUUGUCUUCUUAAAAGCUGUAGGCAAAUAAAAACAA